AUGACUGCUAUGUUACCGGACGAAGUGGUCUACCUCAUCUUCUCGUAUCUCGAUCCGCUCUCCUUAAGAUCUGUCCUACAAUGCAACACUACGUUCUACAGAAUCGCCACCACGCCAGCUCUAUGGGAGCUGCCAUACCUUCUACGAUGGUCUACCGGCGAUUCGAAGCGUGAAGCAGCUCGAGGAACAGACGCAUGGAGGAAACAUCGUCAGCUUCAAAGACUUGCUAAGCAUGCGACACAGGCUGCAGCCGAACAGAGUUUGACGACAGCAAGCACGUCUCUGUCUCCUUUUCGCAACUUCCAGCCCAACAAUGGACCCGUCGGUGAUUCUGCGCCUCCUUUAAAGCUUGACUUCUAUCGUCUUUUCCUGGAACGCAUUCGCAUUGAUCAAGAGGUCUUGGAUACACUAUACGAACAGGUAGUAGCAACGCACUGUUACAUUCCUCCCGUCGUCGCGUUGGCACGAAAGUUUGGUAAUGAUGCCAAGGACGUGCUCGCUGCUGUGGUCGAGGCUCAGCAGAGCGGUCCGUCGUGGAGUAGCAGUGGCUUCCCUGACAAGGCUUUCUCGGCGGCGACAACCCAAGGUAACGGUAAGCAGCUCAACAAGAAUGACCCACUGGUGUACAAUGCCGAUGGCUACCGCUUAAGCGCCUACCGAGCGCACUUGCCUACAACCCUUCGUUCGGAGACCCACCAUUUGGUCAUCUUACAUCAUGCCAGGGAGAUGCUCGAGCACUUGCAAAGACGCGAAGCUAUGCAGAGGCUCAGCGACCUCGCUCUCCCGGAUCCCAAUACCAAUACCAAUAUCAAUCCCAAUCCCAAUCCCGAAAGUUGGUCUCCUCACCUCGGUUCAACGAGGUCGGCAAAAGUCUUUCCUUCAAAGCAGACAGAAUGGGCUAUAUCCCUUCUUACCAUGUUUCGUGGGGGCGAAGCGACCUACGUCGAGAACCAGCUAGACAUUCUUGCUGCAGCUUGCGAUCUAUACCUUCAGCAACGAUUCCCCGAAAACAGCUUCACAGGAUUGUCUGUUCUGGAAGUGGCUAAAGGAAAAGCCACAGCCAUCUGCGACUUCCUGGCAGAUCACGGCUUUCGAGGAGCCCGGGAGGAUCUCUUUUCGGACCUCGACAAUCAUUUCCUCCACCAUUGCUUCACUACGAACCGCGAGACGCUCCCCCUAAGUCUCACGUUGAUAUUUUGCGGCGUCGCCAAUCGUCUCGGUCUAGUUACAUCGCUAUGCAACUACCCCAUGCGCGUCUUGGCCUUGGUUUCACUGGACCCAGAAGCACCACUGCCGACGUCAGCAGUGACGGCUUGCGCUGCGUCCGAAGAGAUGUUCUGGCUUGACGUGUGCGAAUACACCACUGUAGCAUACGAUGCGCACGAACCGACAGCGGUAGAUCGCUUCGCGCGUCGGCAUUCGUGGUUGCAGCAACGGCCUCCUGUUUUGGAUCACCAUGAUCUGGUCGAAUGGAUUCAUGCGAUGGGUAUCCCGAAUUCGGCCGAUUUCUGGCGUCCCGCUGAUCCUAUAAAGAUGGUCCUGAGAGCAGCUGACAAUAUUCUUUCCAGCCUACAGAGGGCUCGCACAGCACCGAGGAACCAGCACCCUGUCGGGCAGGCGAGAAAUGCUUUGAGGAAUAUUGAGUUAGACAGGAGGAGUGCGAGGUUGGAGCAGCAGUGGCGCGAGCUGAAAAGGGUGGACCACACUUUCUUGAGUUUGUAUCACGGGCGUACGGAUCCUGUUCAACACGGAGCAAUCGCGGAUCAGAUCGCGUCAGCCUUGGACGGUGUAGCGCCGGCCAUAGAAGAAGACGAAACCUUAUGGCAUGUUGCGAGAACCUGGCGUACUGAAUCGAUGCGCACCCUUUCCUCCCAACCGGAAAGCUGGGUCUUACCAUCACAAACGCCAUCGCAACAAUUUCGGGCUUGGAUGGAUGCUCGAGCUGCGGACAACGAUUGGACACUCACGCGCAUGCACCUGCAUCGGCGCUCCGAUCACUGGUCGCCACACGAACAGCAGGCAGCCAAGUACGCCGCCGUCAACGCAUUUCUACGGCUGAAGAGAUCCAUGAGCGCAAGCGAGGUCGACUGGAUCGCCGGGUCCCUGCAGCAUUACUUCAUGUUGGACGUGGACGUGAUCGAAAGGGACUUUUUGGGCUUAGGCGAAGCGGAUGUUGGAACCAGUAGUGAAGGUGAUGGUGGGGAAAGUAAGGAAGGUAGUGAUUCGAGCGACGAGGAAGAUGAAUCUUCACUUCGUCGGCUGAGAAUUUCGGCGCUGACCAACCGAGGGAUUCUGACUAGCCCGAAUACGAGGACUGUUUUGAGUCGGAUGAUGAAAGCUGUGUGGUCGCAGGACGCCAAGGUGCCGCGAGUCGAUCGUAGGGUGCGCAGACAGGAGCAGAGAAACCCCAAGCUCACCAUUGGGAUGCCAAGUGCAGAGCAAUCGAAACAACUCGCCCACCGAGUCGGCACCAUUUUUCGACACCGCACGUAUCGCUAUGCAGGCAGCAUCCUCUGCUGGGACCCCUGUUGCAUUGCACCCGAAGAUUGGAUCGUCAAUAUGGGCGUCGACCGCUUGCCUGCUCCUCGAACGUCCACCAUGAUGGGGCGCGGAGGUAGACAUCAACCGUUUUACCACUCGCAAGUCGCAGAUGGGACGCUUCGCUACGUGGCUGAUGUCAAUGUUGAACUUAUCCACGGCCCAAUUUGGAUCUACGGUUUACCACCCAACGAGUCAACAAGGAGGCACAGUGCAGAUGAACAUGUGGUCGAGGAAGGGAGAACGCUGGGAAUGUCGAUGCACAAGAUGCUGCAACUGCGAGGUAUAGGAGAGUAUUUCAGAUGUUUCGAUCAGGUCAAAGGAAGGUUCAGGAGGAAUGAGUACGUGAGGGUAAGAUUUCCUGAUGAUCUGUCAGAUACAGAGGAGGAGGAGCCCAAGUAUGGGGGGUCUGAUUCACGAUCACGAUCCCCGAAAUAG